AUGUCACAACCACAAAACAGAUAUUAUGAAUUCAAAGCCAUGCACGGCUUUGUUACAAUGAACUUUACUCCAGCACAAAAAGUACCAAAUAAAGAGACAAUAAAAAAUGCCAUUGAACAAAGGUGUUCUACAAGAAAUAAACAAGCACAUAUAAAAUACCUAGCCAUAGGAAAGACCACACAAGGCUCAAAUAAACACAUUCAUGCUUUCUUUGAGCUAGAAGAAGUAGCUCAUACGAGAAAAAGGCCAUUCGUAAAUAUAAAUGGAAACUCCGAAUUCAUUAGAUUUGAAAAAAUAACAGAAAAUAAAAAUUAUGAUGGUUCAUUUAACGCCAUCAUCGAAUACCUUAAAAGACAAAAGGAAAAACAUCCAAAUGAAGGAGCCGUAUUCGAAGAGAUAGGAAAAAUGGACAAGAAUAAAGGUAGAUUAGGUGAUAUUGACAUAGGAAAAGCACUUAAAAUGCCAGACUUAGAAGAAGCCCAUGCAUUCUUAAAAAAUAUCAGCUUAAAAGGAUACAUGAAUAAUGUAUCUAAGUUUGAUAGUGUAUGGGCUCAAGAACACAGUAGAGACACUACUAAUAGAAUAAAAAUUAAAUUACAACCAUGGAAAGAAGAUAAUCCAGUUGUAAAGAAUAGCAGAAUAUGGCUCAAUUCAGCAUUGAGCGGAAGGACAAAGAGAAUAAAAACAUUAGUAAUUGUAAGUGACACCAAAAUGGGAAAGACGGAAUUUGUAAACGAUUUACUAAAAGAUCUAAAAGUAGACGAAUUCAGAGGAAGGUUUAUGAUGGACGGUCAUAACGAAAGCUUAAAAUAUGACAUUAGACUCUUCGACGAUGCAAACUUGAACGACAUUAUUUGGCCAGAAUUUAAGUCAUUAAUUAGUACUCGCGGAGAACAAAUUACUAUCAAUGUAAAAUAUUCACAUGCAAGAGUGACAUCGAUUCCAACAAUUUUAGUACUUAAUCCGGGAAGUUGGAAAGCAUUACAAAAAACGGCAAAAGAGUAUGAAGACUUUGACUGGCUAGAAAAGAAUUCAGUAGUACUCUUUACUAAAGAGAAAUUAUUCAAAGAGCCUCCACCUAAAGAACAAAUAGAACAAAAUAAGAACAAAUAUGAUGGUUUAGAUCCAAAAUUGGUAGAAAUGCUUUUAGAAAAUGAAGUAGAAGAAGACAUCGAAUUAGAUGAUAUGGGAGAUGAUACAAUAGAUGGAUUAGAUGAUGCAAUAUAUCAAUUAGAACAAGAGAGUCUACCUCCUCCUAUAGUAUUAGAUCAGCCAUUAGAAGAAGUACCAUCAAAAAGAGUAGCUGUAGAUGAUCACGAAAUACAAAAGAGAUUUUUCGACUUAACAAAGAAUACAUUAACUGAAGAAGGAAAUAAUAAAUAUAUAACAGUACAAAGUGGCAAGAAAAUAAGAAUAGCAGAUGAAGAUAGUGAAAUAGAAGAAAGUGAAGAUGAUCCAGAUGCUCUAGCAAACAAUUGGAAUACAGGUAAUUUUUAA